CCCCCGCUGGCAGCCGGCGGCGCGGCCAUGGAGAACGGCGGCGUCUACAACACGACCACCGAGCCGCAGGCCAAGCCGGCCCGACGCCCCUUCGGCUGCACCCUGCGGCACCUCUGGGGAUGGCGGCUGCCCGCCAAAGCGCUCCAGGCGAUUCUCUCUCUUCUGGCUGUUAUUUGUGAAGAAAUUGUGGAGGAUUGUAUCAGCUGUGGUGGACUUUACUUCUUUGAAUUCACAAGCUGCAGUGCCUUUCUUUUGAGCCUCCUCAUCCUGUGUGUGUAUUGCACUGAUGCAUAUGAAACAUUUGGGGAAGAUAAAGUACGGAGAGUGAAUUUUGGGGCCAUGAUAGCCGUAGGUGCCUUAUUUCUCUUAGCAUCAAUAGUGCUUGCUGCAACCAGCUCUGGGUCUGCUGUUGAAAAAGCUGCAUGUGUAUUUGGAUUUCUUGCAAGUGGUGCUUUUUUAGCUGAAAGUGGUAUAGAGGGCUUUCACAGGUGGAAACAAAACACUGGCGGACGCUCUGAAAAUCCUGUCAACACUCCGAAUGCCACAGAAAAUCAGCCACUGAAUAAACAAAGCUAACUUUCUGGAAUUAUGUCCUUUUUUUUUUUUUCAAUGGAGCAAACUAAAAUGAACUUUUGGUGCACUGUAGGUAACAACUUCUGUCUCUUCAUUCUAAUCAAUUUUGUACGCAUUGCUCAUCAAAAAUAAUUUUUAUAGAUCCUUAGGUAAUGGUAUCUUAAGCAUCAUGUUCUAAGGUAACUGGUCCUGCUUAAUAAUUUGUCCUCCCACCUCUCCAGGUGACAUACACUAAAAAACCUUAUGUCUAAAUAGAGUAACUUAAGGACAACAGUGUGCUGAUUUGAUUUUGACAGAGGUGACUAAUAAAGGUUAAUGUGUGAUGCAUAAAUUCUGAGCUAUACCCUAAAGCUAUUUUCUGUAUAGAUGGACUGGAUACUUCUUUUACGACUUAUAAAUUAGUACUGCAGAAUUCAUUUUUGUACUUACUGGUCAAGCUGUGAAUGUAAAAGGGAUACCUGAUUGGAGCCUUACAGAAAUACUUAUCCUUACGUAAAGGUUUUUGUUUUUACUAUUCGUGUGUCUCAGUUCUGUCUGUGGAAAUCAGCUGAAUGGACCAGCGAGUGUAGGGGGUUUGUGUGGAGGGGAGUGUAAUGGUAUAUUACAGAGACAGCUUUGCAGCUUGUCAAAGUUUGGCCUUGUAUGCCAGAAUUGUCUUUCAGAUUGUUUCAAAGCCCUGAAAAGUUGCAGGAAGAAACUUGAAAAGCCAGCUCGGAGAGGAAAAAGAUGAAGAACAUAUAUUUUCAUGAAGUAACCCCAAAAGUAGCAAUCUGAACAUCAAUGGGAAAAAAGGUUACAGCACGCUGGUACUGUCCUGUUGAAUAUUACUUGCAGGUUUAAUGCCAAAUGCAGUUUGUUUAUGCACAGUAAAUGGUAAGCUUUACCAGAAUGGUAAUGGACACCACUGUUUUCUUUGUUUAUAAAUAUGGCACUAGCUUGAGACUUCUUGCUGCUGACUAGGUCAGUUGGUAAACAGGUAAAUAAGCACUUGUACCCUUGAUUUGUCCUGAAAGCAACGGGCUGUCAGACUGCGAGAAACACUACUGAUGCAACACCUAUCAGACAAGUGACGGACAGAGCAGACCAGAUGUUGAUGGCUUUAAAAGAAAUAAAGUGGUGAAAAGGCGUUUUGGGGAUGUCUGAGGUAGGAGCAAGACUGCUAGACCUCGCUUAAGAGGAAAACCUUCAAAAGUAGGGCAAAUUGCUGUAAGGCAGAUGUUCCAAAAUACCAAAGCAAAGGGGAAAAAGCUGAUUAUGCAAAAACAGUUCUUGUUUGAGCACUCAUGGCGUUUGCCGUGUCUUCCAGGCAUUAACUCCAUUUCAUCAAUACCCUAGUCUGACAAAUUUACAGUCCUGUAACCUGUUGUGGCAGCACUGAGACUAAACCCUCCAGAAAUCAGCUGAGCAAGCUGCACUUGGAAAAGGAGGAGGAAGCUGUUGUAAGACAAAGGGCUGUAAAUGGAGGUCAGAGGUUUUCCCCAGUGCUGCCACUUUCUGAUCAGUGUGAGUUUGUUCUCUCCCUAAGCUCUGAGACUUAAGCCUAACACUACACUUUGCUUGGAGGAUGUAAAAUUGAAGCACCAAGUUUAAGCUGUAGCUUGGCUUCAGAGCCAUGCAUAAAAUACAUACUUUCCUUCCUAGAAUUUCCUAGUUUGUGAAGAAGAAAUGCUCUAUGGAAUGGCUUUUUUUUUUUUUUCUCUUGUAUUUAUUAGUGUCCAUUUGCACUAAAACCUGGUCUCAGUCUAGGUGUGUACAGAGCUUGCUGUAGCUGUCCCUGGAAACUGGGUAGAUGAGGGAUGAUUUGUUUACAAGCAAUGCUACUGGUGAUAUGAAACUUGCCAUAAUGAGAAAUAUCUCUGCUAUGAUUUGCAGUGUCUUACUUUAGGGAUUGUGUCCAUAUCUGUGAUUAACAUUCUAAGGUUUUAUUGCCCAGGUCUCUACUAAAUUUGUUUCCACAUCACAGUAUCUGUAGUCUCUAAAUCUUGAUCUAUAAUUAAAGGCUGUAAAUACAGUGUAAGAGUAACUGUGCUGCUGAUAUUUAUUAAGCAGUGCAGCAUCACGAUGAGACUUUUAUCUUAAGGUAAUUUUUCUUAGCUUGAAAAUAUAAGAGAGUCCUGGGUUUUGUUGCUUUGCUAUAGGCUUUUUCUCACCUAAGUGCUUUGUUAUCGGUGUCCACUCCUGAACUGGAGAUAGUUAUUUUUAUGAAAAGCGCCACAAGGACUUGAUGUCAGAAGAAGGUGACUCUGACUGAGAUCUCCUGACUCCCACAAUUGGACUACUAGGCCUUUUGAAACAAAUGCUGCCAACCUUUGCAGGAUGGUUUGAUGAAUUCUGUUAUGACAUACAUGCUGGCGUCCCUGGUGUGUUUUGGGUUGUUGGACUGAGGGGGUUUGGACAUGUUUUUCAUUUUUAUUUGAGCUGUUCCAAGUAUGUAGUUUAUACCUGUUCUCUCGCCAGCUGACUGAUCCAUGUACGAUUUGAGGAUCAGAUUCCAUCCCUGACUGAAAAGGAUGCAAGCGUUGCCAUCAGCUAAUGAAAAUGACAAACAGGAGUCUUUGGGAAAGUGGCUAGUUGUUUUCCCAUAUGUCCCAGGCACUUACUAAUAGGAGAAGUCCUGCUAUUCUUUAGAACAAUACAUAGAGCUCUAUCCCAGAUACUGUCUUCCUGACAUUAAUCUAUCACAUAGUAGUUAAAUACUAGGAGCAGACGAGCUACCACAUACUGGUUAUAGUUUAAGGCAAUUGCUAAACUGUUCCUUCCAAACUAGUUAUUGGCUAACAAAGCAGUUCCUGCAUGGUGCUACUGGUGAUCCCAGGUUUCUAAGAAUGAGGUGUUCUUUUUGUUCUGUUUUAAAAUAGUUGAGAAGCAGGUUUGCUAGCAUGUGUGCUGUUCUGCUUCUGGGAGGUCACUCCCUUAGCCACCUUAUCAGCUUCCUAAGAUACAGGGCCAGGUUUGUGUCCCUCCUAGCUCCACUGCCCUCCCAGGCUGGGGGGAGAGACUUCCUUGCAGUCUUGACAUGCUCCCUUUGAUCCUUCUGGUGUUGGAUCCAGGCUUUGAGUGUCUGUCUCUUAUUAAGACUCAUCCCAGAGAACGGCACUGGAGCUGGAUUAAACAUCUGGUUUUGCAGGAGCUCUGUGUGUGUGGCUGGGUGGCUCUUACCCCUCCUGUGCACUGUCAGCAAAGCGGUCUGCUCCUUCCCCAGCCUGCUGCUGAGUAAUCAGCUUGCUUAUUUAAACCAGCUAUUUCAAUUGCUUCCAUUAAGGUGGCUGAUUUUGACUGAAGUGGAUUAGGGAUUGUUCAGGAGAGCGGUGGGAGAUCUGGCAGUGGUGCUGUUAAAAGGAACUGUCUUAAAUUUCUUCAUCCGUUUGCAAAGGAACCCUCUCUGUACAAUUUUAACUGGUAGUAUAACCUAGGGAAAGAGGCAACUGGCCCAGCACGUCUAUCUGGGGAUUGUCUUCUCUCUACUCCACCGCAGUGCUCAGCAGUGGUGUUGUGAGCCUGCUCAGACACAUUAAAAGCUUUUGUCUUUUCCAGUUGAGCCUGUCCAAAAAUAUUUAAAGGCUGUGCACCCACUUUCAGGCUUUGUUUACAGUGCCUUGAGAAUCACUGCAGAGGAUUCUCCAGGACAUGUGAGGACUUGUUGUUAAGUGGCUGGACUGCGACUUUCUGCUCCGAAAAUCCGCAAGUGCAUUGUGCAGACUGUGAUUGUUAAUUUUUGUGUUUGGCAUUUAGCCCAUGUUAAAAUCACAAUGCUACCGGUGCCCUUUGGGUUCUAAAUAUGUGAAGGAAUUGUACCUUACUGCUUGGGUUCCAUGGCUAAGAAUAGCAGGGGAGGGUUGGGGUCUGUUACAAUUCAGUUUUACCUUUGCACCUUCUGACUUGAAAAAGCAGUGAGCUGUCUCACACGAUUCCCAGAGCUCUGCACAAGAUGUUUUUGCAUAAUGGCCCUCAUGGUGAUCCUUGUUCAAAUUUGUGCAAUAAAAAUACCAGGCUUUUUACACUGAAGGGAAAUAUUUGAAAGGUUAUAUAAAAUUGUAACAAAUCAAGAUGCUGGUAGUGCCUUUAAUAUGGAAAUUCAUAUUUGUUUUUAAUCUAUUGCCGUAAACAUAAGCAAAUCUCUAGAUACUAAAUUUUAUGCUGUUCAGAACUAUCACUUUUAAUACCUUUGAGAAUUUAAGGACUUUUAAUGAUUAUUAAAUCAGAGUGAUAAUAAAGUAGUUUUAUAUAUAUAUAAAAUAAAAAUACAGUUACACAGAUUUGUUGCCAAUGUUGCCUUGAAUUUCCAUUUAAGUAAUUUUGAAAUGCUUUAAUAUUUUUUCCAUUCUAAACCUGUGGUCUUUUCUAAUGUAUUGUUCCUUUUUGGUCUUAAAAGCUUUCUAAAAUAUUUUGUAAUAAUUUUUUAAAUAAAAUUAUCAGUAAAUAA